AUGAGGACGAACGAGGAGACGCUGGACUCGAGUGUCGGAUCUUGGGGUGUCUUGUGCGGUGGGGAGCUUCUUCGAUUUCUGCCAACCUCGUCCCGUCCACCUCUACUUCCUGUAGCCAGGUUGACCUACCACGCCAACACGCCACACCGCAUACCCCACAUUCACAUGGUGCAGACAGGAAUGGCUGCGCCCUACGGUGGGGGUGUCUUCCCCCCGCCGGUGAACGGCGUAGCGGGCGUCGUGGGGGCGGCAGGGGCUGCCGGUGAGGUGAAACCACCACCCCCGGUGCCGGUGAAGGAGGACAACAGCGGCGCACCCCAACAGCCACCACCCAGCGGCCCUCAGGUUCCACCGCCGGCUGGUGCCCCACAUCCAACCGCCCCCGGUGCCCCGACCGCGGCCAGCUUCAGCCCGCCCCCGCCUCCAAACGGCGUCGAUCAACAGGCUAUUUCGGAGGUGUUUCAGGCAGCAGUUGCGGCCGCGGCAGCAGCGGCUGCGGGCGGCGGUGGCCAGCAACCCGCCCCCACACCCGCCGGCAACGAGAGCAACCCCGAGGGCGCCGUCGAGGGCAGCGCCCUGGUACCUGUCACUUCAGGUGCAACCACACCUGCCACCGCAACACAGGGUACAGACUUGAAAGGUCAACCGAAACGCCUUCACGUCAGCAAUAUACCUUUCCGCUUCCGAGACCCUGAUCUCAGGGCAAUGUUUGGGCAAUUCGGGCCGAUCCUCGACGUGGAAAUCAUAUUUAACGAAAGAGGAAGCAAGGGAUUCGGUUUUGUAACAUUCGCAAAUAGUGCUGACGCGGACCGGGCACGUGAGAGGCUACACGGCACCGUGGUUGAGGGCAGAAAGAUUGAGGUGAACAACGCGACAGCGAGGGUGCAGACGAAAAAACCACCGACGGUACCCAACGUAUGCGUACAAUGGCCAGAGGCCGCGGCGCUGAGAGGAGUCGCCAUCCAAAGGGGACGAGUGGGCGCUGCGAGGGCGGCUUUCCCGACUAGUGCAGCGGCAUUGGCCCUCGCGAGGAACCCGGGGCCACUCGCAGCUGCGGCUGCGGCUACGGCCCUGCAUCCCUUCGCACCUGCCGUUUAUUACGACCCGUUCCUAGCAGCACACGCGGCGACACAGGAUCCCAACUACAGGCUACAGCUGGAAUGGCCUCAAGCAACAGCUGACGCCGCGGCAGCAGCAGCUGCAGCGUCACCAUUGCUGAAGACGCCCCUCUCGACGGCGCAGCAGGCCACCUACGCAGCUGCAGCGACCUACACGGCAGUGGCUGCGCGCGCAUACAGCGCAGCUGCAGCUGCGGCACAACCGGUCGCAGGAUAUGCCGCAGUCGCGGGUUAUGGGCGUGAAUACGCUGAUCCCUAUCUUGGACACGGUAUUGGACCAGUAGCCGGAUACGGGGCGACCGUGUACAGGGGCGGUUACAACAGGUUCACGCCAUAUUAAAGAUGGUCAAAUAUCGAAGCGCGAGCCUUCCAAAUACACCGUCGUUGUACUCAGUUGAAUAUGACCAGAACAAACAGAAAUCGACACAAUCAUCAUCGUCAUCCGCCAUCGAUCACCCCACGAAGCGAUGCCUGGAUCCUCCGCGCAUGCUGACGCUAGCCUUCUUCUUAGCACCGAUACGAGAUCGUCGACUUUCAUCGACGAGAAGCAAAAUUUUCCUAAAAGAACAUCCGGCCACCGUUGGACGAAGUUCCAACGAAGUCACCAAGUUACCAAGUCGACUAUCGCGAAGAUACCAUUCAGAAACAAUGAAAAAUUGGAAGAAGGAAAUGGACAUAGGCCGCGCACGGUUCCAGGAUCUUCGAGAGGAAGAGAAGAAAUAUUGGCGAAUUAUUGCGGAUGAGAGUAAUCGAAUAGAUAGACGACUGAUAGAGAAAAAGGGCAAAGGUUAAAGAUAAGAACGAAAGAUGAUGGAACGGUUUUGAAUUUAGAUGUAAAGUUACUCCUCGAUUAGGGUUGCGAAACGGUCGACCAGACGACAAAGGUCCACCGCCGAAGCGUCGUCGAACUUUCGAACCCUGAUCGAUAAUCGGCGUAGAGAAGAGAGGGAUGGUAGAGACGGGGGAAAUUGGUAAACUGAAUUAGCAGACAAAGAGGAACCGGUUUAAAUUGAGUUUCGCUCGAAACAUGCUAAACAUUGGAACAGGUUCGAAUCGAUCGUUUUAAAAAAAGAGGGGGGGGAAAAAAAAA